UUAACAUUUAAUCGGAUUUCAAGUUAUAAAUUAAUUAGUUCCGUGAAUAAUAUAAAAAUAAAAUAACUAUACAAAAUACAAAUAAUUAUAUAAAUGCAACCAUCUUUUUCUUAGCACAGUACAUAGGUACUCGUACAUUCCAUCUAAAGUUAUGUACCUACAUCACAGAUUAAUUUAUAAGAGUCACAAUAAAACUAUCAUACUUAAUUAAAUGUAUGUUGACAGUAUGUGUAAUUUUUACAUUAUUUAACUUAAUCCAUCACAAAGACUUCCAAAGUCUAAAUAACAUUUAUGGGAUAUACAAUAGAUUUAUAAAAAUUUUGAUUCGAUAAUAUCUUCUUGAUCACAAGAUUCACCAGUCAGUUCCACACCAAAUCCAAAUAUUCAAAGAGAAGAGACAAACAUCGCUUCAUAGCACCCCCUAAAUUGUGCAAUCUCUAGUGCACCUACAUUUCUUUCCUUUUCUAUAAAGUGUGUUCUACUAAAACUUGAAAUAAUCAUGGACUUAUUCUCAAAAAUUUUACGUCCAUGAUCAGUCGAUUUAAUUUUAAAGAAAAUAAAAGACAUUUUUGCCAGUUCCUGGCGCAAAGUUUUGCACCUGAACUAAUAGAAGUAUGCAUGCUGCACGUCAAUACUUCAAGAAUUUUUAUCAAUUAUGCAUAACAAUUUUGUUUAAUUUUGUAACGUAUCGCUCAAAACGAUGAUUAUCUAAAUAUCCCUAGCAAUUCAGUCUCAGAUGUUACCCCUUAAAUACGAAACAAUUCCAAAUAUUAUCCAUUCCCAAGCUCGUUUUUAGGAGUGCCUCAUUUUUAGGCGUAUACUCCCUUAAAGCUUGUCAUUAAAUUCUUAUCUUUGAUAAUUUUUUCGAUUAGGUACCUACCAUAAAUUGGUUCUGCUUUGCUUCAAAAUUGGAAAACAAUUUUAUUUUUUCCAUCAUGUUAAUUUGGACUUAUUUGAAGGUACCCUUUUAAUCCCUUAAGAUUCAAAAGCAAAACAGGUAAAAGCAAAACCUUUGGUUUUACACACAUUUUAGAAAUAUUUUUGUAAUAAUUACAAUUUUAUUUUUGCUGUUAUUAAUCAUUCUAUGCAUUAACAAGCCAUCUUGCCAUUAUCACAUUUGAAAUAAAAUUAUUAAUUUAUUAACGUAAUAAUGGGGAAGUAAUAAAUAAAAUUUAAAAAAUAAUUAAAUUACAAAUUAACUUGUACAUGGGAUCCUUACCUAGAAACACAGAUACAUAAUUCUGAUUUUUAUUCUACUUUCUUAGAUCUAACAUCAAAUGCAGUUCGGAAAGAAGAAUUGCUGUUACUUAUCAUAUCUUACUUGGUUCGCCCACUGCUUCACUUAAAUCUACCUCCUACUCGCUGUGUUAAUCAUAUAACAUUCGCACAUAAUAUUCAAAAUAAAAAUUAACUUCCAUAAUAAACCCAAUUUACAUAAUUCAGGUAAAAUCUGAACUUUUUAAUAAACUUAAAGCGAGUUUGGCACAUUAAAAAAUAAUGAAAUAUGUAAAAAGUAGGUAAUGUUAAAAAAAUAUUGUAACAGAAGAAUUCUACCUGAAUAAUAUAAAAUAGUGCGAACAAUAUUAAUCGUUGACAAAAUUACAGAUGAGUCAACAGUACAUCGAAGUAAACAUGAUGCUACUAAUGUGUUAUCCACUUGCAUCCAUACUGACCUAGUUACAUAGUUAAGUAAAUAUUUUUAAUUUGUUAUUAAAAUGUCGGAAACAUAAUAUACCUAUUCUGACUAUCAAACGUGCGCAGCGAAGAUCUCAGAAUGGUUAAUAAAUGCAAAUUUUUAGAGAACAUAACUUUUUGACUUUCACAUCAUAUUUUCAAGUUAAAAGUCAAGAGAUUCGACACCUCAUAUAAAUAAAAUAUCAGACGAUAGAUAACGGAUCUUAACGAGUCAUAAAAUUAUUCAUCAAAACCUAUACAAUGGAAACCCUGAACCGUCUAAAUGUACUAAAGAACCUAUUUUUGAGGCCUUUGGUAAAAUUUUAAAGGAGGUCUGAGCUUAAAAAUAGAUUUUAGAGACCCUGUGUUUAUCUGUAUUAAUAAAACAGAUACAUUUAAGCGCUUCAUGUAAUAUAAUACACAUGAAAACUACCAGUCAGUUGGUCAGUUAAUCACUUGGUCUAACUGAAUUGUAUACGCCUGCUAUAUUAAUUGCGGUUUUGUUCUUAUUAAUACAGACAAUCCAAAACAUUUACUUAACAUUAAUUUUCAUUCUUGAUUGAGUUCCAAAUAUUUCUUAAAAUUACUAAAGAUAUCAUCUAAAUAGUCCAUUUUAGAAGAUAAUCCGCUAGAAAACAUUGAGCAUUUUGCAACAAGUCAAGACAUAAGUGUCUUAAGAUUACGCUAAAAUUAUAGUUCGCCCUUAAUUUAUACAAUUUAAGGGACUCACAUUAACCUUUUAAGAGUUCAGUAUUGUAUGCUUACACACACAAUAUAUUUUAUACUCAUCUUCGGCAUAUAUGAUAAAAAUAUGUUUAAUAAUGAAAUGUCAUUAAAAGAAAGGACUUUUUGGUUUAAAUCACAAAUUAAAAAGGCAGCACUUACUGUAAUUUAUAAUGUUAAUAGUAGUAAGAUAGGAACAGAAACAUAUUUGUAAUAUCAGUUACUUAGUUUCGCUUUUGGAUAGGCUACUAUCAGUUAGUUCACAACAGAAAUGAACUCAAUCCACAAAAUGAUCUUAAGCACAUAAUUCAAACCAUAUCUUACUAACUAAACAAACCAGAAAGGCCCCCGCCACAGAUAUAAAACUAAUAAGUACUGCCGUCCGCCCAUUUGUAUCCAAAACCAUAUAUCAGGAGCGCUGCGGCGGAGGCGGUGUGUUCUGAAUAGCUAAGAUGAGGCCCUCUAAGUCUCGGGACAGCUCGCGGGGCAAGCCAAGGGCGGGCACCCGCGUAGGACAUUUUAAGUGCUGAGCCAAAAACAAUAGAGCAGUUUUCCGUAGGGACCUUACCUGGACGCAAACAAACCAGUUGGUCCGGUGCUGCACCCCCGCCAGGCAGCUGGGAGCUCUGAAGAACCUCUUGUUGUGGAUUACGUAGUUCUCGUUAGUCGUCGGAUCGGUGAACUCCCAGGGAUGAGUGACGUAGGUGUCCACGUUGAAAUAUGUGCGUGGCUGCAUCCGCACAUAAUGACGACGGAGGCCUUGGAAAUCGAUCCACCAGAUGUCUACCGGGCGCGAUACGCUAUUUACGAAACGUAUGUAAAUAGCUUGCUCGGAAGCCGUCGAGCGCACCAUGACACGCUCGCCGCGUUCGUUCGUCUCGUAAAAGUGGUGAAUGUCUUCAUCGUUACCUGCCAUUUUAAAAUCUGGAUUCUGGACCACAAAUCAAUCAAUCAACACAUUGCCCUAAAUCACCUAUGAUGCAACUUCACGCAGACGUCCGCGUCCGAUGGUAAUAAAUAAUCAAUAAAAUUAUUGUCAUGCACACGUAUGUACGCCAAUAAAGUUUUUCAAAGUUUCCCGCCUUGUAAUGUUAGUUGUAAGCUGUUGGCAGCACCAAUUUACUUCCCGUCAACAUAGAGCAACGAUGGCUGUUUGUGUCGCAGUUAUCGGCAAAGAUAAUUCCCCGUUAUACAUAGGCGGUAUCGGCAAUGAUUCCGGGUCAGACAACGAGCUAUCACGACAAUGGUUGGUCCACACCGCCCUCGAUGCAUUGGAGGAGCGUCUUACCACCAGCAGCAAUGGCGCUGCUGGCGCCAACGCGAAUGCAGCCCGCACUGAUAUGAGAGACCUGUAUUUGGGACUUUUGUAUUCCACUGAUACGCAUAAAAUUUAUGGCUAUGUGACCAACACGCGCAUCAAGCUGGUGCUUGUAACGAGCUCUACGUCACCCAGCGGCAGCAAUAUCCGCGACGCAGAAGUCCGCACAGCACUGAGACGACUGCACGCGUUGUAUGCCGACGCCAUUUGUAAUCCUUUCCAUCUGCCAGGCGACCCCAUCUCUUCCCAGAAGUUUGACAAGCAAGUGAAGAAUUUAAUGCUGAACAACGUCUGAUUUAAAUUACAUACAUCAUUUUGCCCGCAGUAAGCCAGAAACAUCUAAACAGCUUUAUCUGAAUUAUGUGUAAUUGAGGGUGAUAAUGUGAUUAUGUUAAUCUAGCUAUGAUGUACCAACACUACAGGCCCCGUCGUUAAAAUAAUGUUUUAUUUUAAUUUUAGUACCUUUAUUUAUAUUAUUAUUAAAUUUAAAUGAUACCUACCGUUCAAGUGAUUUUCAUUAACUAUUCACAUAGAUGUAAUGAAUAAAGAACACUAACAACACAUUCAAGUAA